UACACAAGAAAAGAAACGGACUUCAAUGGCGCUCAAAUGAAGGUUCGAGAGCUUGAAGCAGCUCUCAGUUCUAAAGAAGGUGCACUGGCCACAGCACUUGGUGAUAAGAAAAGUCUGGAGGAAGAAAAUGAUGAUUUAAGAGACCAAAUUGUACAGCUUGAAGCUGCUUCAGCUGCUGUCAAGGAACAGCUUGCAAAUGAAACUUUACAGAAGGUUGAUCUUGAAAACCGUUGUCAGAGUCUCAUUGAGGACUUGGAAUUCCGUAAAAAUAUGUAUGAGGAGGAAAUCAAAGAAACAAGAAGGAAACAUGAAACUCGCUUAGUUGAGGUUGAUUCUGGGCGUCAAAUUGAAUAUGAACAUAAACUGGCCCAAGCCCUUAGUGAAAUAAGAAUGGAGCAUGAUGCACAAGUGAAGCUGUACAAAGAAGAGCUUGAACAGACUUACUAUGCCAAACUUGAGAAUGCUAAACUGUCCUCUGAGAUGACCAAUUCUGCAACCAAUUUGGUAAGAGAAGAACUGAAUGAAAGUCGCAUACGAAUUGAUACUUUGACUUCCCAUCUCAACAGCCUUCAGAAAGAGUCUAGAGCAUGGCAAGAUAGAGUGCAAGAGCUUGAGGACAGCUUGGCCAAUGAACGGGAAAACUGUCACAAAUUACUGUCUGAGAAAGAGAGAGAAAUGUCCGAGUUAAGAAAUAAGGUGCAGGAGCAGCUGAACGAGUAUGAACAACUUCUGGAUAUUAAACUGGCACUCGAUAUGGAGAUCAGUGCAUACCGGAAAUUACUGGAGGGUGAAGAGGAGAGAUUGCAACUUUCUGCAAGCCCAUCUUCCCGAGUGACCGUUUCACGGGCUUCAUCAAGCCGUAGUGUGCGCACAACCAGAGGGAAGAGGAAGAGGAUUGAUGUGGAGGAAUCUGAAGCUAGCAGUAGUGUUAGGAUUUCUCACUCAGCUUCUGCCACUGGAAAUGUCUCUAUUAAGGAGAUAGACAUUGAUGGAAAGUUCAUCCGCUUGAAGAACAACUCUAGACAGGAUCAACCUAUGGGAGGUUGGGAGCUGAUCCGAAAAAUAGGAGACACUUCUGCGAUUUACAGAUAUACCUCAAGAUACAUACUAAAGGCAGGCCAAACUGUUACAAUCUGGGCUGCAAAUGCUGGAGUAACUGCUAGCCCUCCCACUGACCUCAUUUGGAAGAACCAGAAUUCUUGGGGCACUGGUGAAGAUGUGAAGGUUGUACUGAAAAAUUCUCAGGGAGAGGAGGUUGCUCAGAGAAGCACUGUCUUUAAAACAACCAUACGUGAAGAGGAAGAGGAGGAAGCUGAGGAAGAAGCAGCUGAAGCUACGGAGAAGCAAGGCCUUUAUUACCAGCAGGUGACUCUUUCUAUUCUUAACAGGCAAGCUCGAAGGCAUCUAAGAGAAGCUGUGUGA